UAUCUUAUAAACCUCUCACGGUUCUUGCACGCAUGCCCACUGCCCACAAUACCAGUUAUAUACAGUACUCAAAUUAUCUAUUAUCUAGCAGCAAAUCAAGCCAAGAAAAAUGAUUCAAAGCUCAGGAAAAAAUCAACAUGUUGCAGUUUUUGCAUUUCCAUUUGGCUGCCAUCCCUGGAUUUUACUCAACCUAGCUUCAAGAUUAGCAUCGGCCGCCCCUGAUGUGAGUUUCUCCUUCCUCAACACUGCCAAAUCCAACCAAAAGCUCUCUGCCACCUCAGGAGCUCACCUCCCACACAACCUUAAAUCCUACGAUGUUGCGGAUGGCGUGCCGGAGGGACAUGUCCUCACUCCCGGGAAUCCCCUCGAGGAAGUGGAGCUGUUCCUUGAGGCUGCACCUGAGAGCUUCCGGAAAGCCAUGGAUAUGGCAGUGGCCGAGACUGGGCAGCAAAAGAUCACCUGCAUCUUGACCGAUGCUUUCUUGGUCUUUGGAUGCGAUAUGGCUGCUGACAUGCAUGUAAAGUGGGUCCCUUUAUACGUUUCCGCACCCCACGACCUCUCAGCCCACAUUUACAGUGCUCUCAUCUACGAGACUUAUGCUAAAGCUUGCGGUGGCGGUGAAGCUCAUGGUAAUGGCGGUGCAGGGGGAGAUCUAAACCCUAUUGACAAAACCCUAGAUGCCAUUCCAGGACUCUCCGUAAUGGGCUUCGGGGACUUACCCCAAGAAAUACUUCAAGGUAAUCACUCAAAUUCUUCAUCAAUUUUCGCACGCACACUGCGCAGAAUUUGGGAGGUCCUGCCCCGAGCAAAUGCUGUUGUCAUGAACUCUUUCCAAGAACUAAACUCAACCAUACUCACCGAGGAUCUCAAGUCCAAGUUCCAAGACAUUCUGUACGUGGGUGUUCUCACAUUAAUAGUCCCAACUCCACCCCUACCCCCAUCGCAUUCAGACGCCACAGGCUGCCUCCCAUGGUUGGACGAGCAAAAGCCAACAUCGGUAGCAUAUAUAAGCUUUGGAACAGUGGCGGCGGUGCCACCCCACGAGUUUGCAGCUUUAGCAGAGGCGCUGGAAGCGAGUUGCGUUCCUUUUCUUUGGUCUCUUAAGGAAAACUUCAAAGCAUUUCUGCCGAAUGGGUUCCUCGAGAGGACAAGGAAGCAAGGAAAAAUAGUUCCCUGGGCACCCCAGGCUCAUGUCUUGUCACACAAAGCAGUAGGCGUGUUCGUUACACACUCUGGAUACAACUCUGUGUUUGAGAGCAUUGUCGGUGAGGUUCCGAUGAUCUGCCGGCCGAUCCUAGGCGACCAGAUGAUGAACGGACGGAUGGUAGAGGACGUGUGGGAGAUAGGGGUUAGGGUUGAGGGAGGGGUGUUUACAAAGAAGGGAAUGGUCAAGAGCUUGGAGCUCGUUCUGGGACAUGAUCAACAUGGAAGGAGGAUGAGGGAGAAGAUCAGAGAUCUUAAAGAGCUUGUAGUGAAAGCUGCCGGACCUGAUGGGAUUGCUUCCAAAGAUUUCAAAACUUUGCUUGAGCUAAUCUCUCAAUAAAUUAUCAGUACCAAGAUCACCAUCUCCAGAUAAUUUGUCAUUUUCUAUUAAAGAAUGAUGAGUCAGCUGUCACACAAACAAGAGCAAAACCGAGAGAGAGCAACACCACUACAUGCCUAACAGAUUCCCAACAGUUUUGAUCAUUACGUUUGUGCUGCACAUAUGCUUGAGGGCACUUUUGUAUAUUCCAUCUCUAAUAUUGUAUAUUCCUUUUUUUCCUUUUUCCUCUUGUAUAUAUAGGCUACUGUACAUUUGCUCAGAUUACUUUUUCAGAAAAGGAAAUAACAGAGUAACUUUUUUCAUCU